ACGCGAUGCGGCUAAACACCAUGUCCGCGCUUCGAUGCCAGGUACGCGAUGUACAUGUGCAUGAGGAGCCCCAUGUUGAUCGCGACUGUGCCUCAUGGUGGAAAGGUACAAAUAUGAGGGUUCGGGACGGUGAUAUGUUGGUGUUGGAGGCAGUGGACCUCAACGAGAAUUUCGGUCUUCUUCUUUUUCCUUUCCCUUCUCCGUUCCUAUUCCUUUUCCGCCUAGUUUUGUCAUAUUGUCGUUCCAGUUGAGCUAUCGCAACAAGAGUACUCGAUGCCGGGCAUCACUUUCUUCAACCGCGAUCUUCGUGCAGACGGACAAGACAAUGCGGAUGUACCGCACCCUCCCACACCGCAGGCGGUAGCGAUAAAUACGUUCGGAUCGGAAGAGACGAUUCAAGGGAGCGACAAUGGACCCAAGCGGUUGGCGAUUAGAGGGUGGGGGUAUUGGGGUGUUGUAUUAUUGGAUAUCGGUUUGGCCUUGAUACCCGUUUCAUUUAUUGUCCUCUCAGCACUUUGCCUAUCGUUACACCAUCAUCCGAAAUCACCAUGGGGAGAAAAAGUGAAACAAGCAGUGCUCUUCUCGCCAACUGUAUUUUCGAUCAUGUACGCAGCAAUAAUGGGAAAGCUUCUUCGUCGGUUUGGCGUAUACAGAGCAGAGCGCGGAGUGAGGCUCAAGACAUUGGAGCGGCUGAUUGGCAGUCAAUCGGUUUACAGUGCCAUCGAGCGACAAGUGGGACUGCGGAGCAUCGACCUGCUCGGACUCUCGCUCAUCGUCCUCUGGUCAAUAUCCCCUCUCGGCGGCCAGGCCUCGCUACGGCUGUUGACGAAAGAACCGCGCGUCGUACCCAUCAAUGGCACCGCUCAAUAUUUUCCCAUCGAGGGGUAUGCCAUGAGCUAUCUCAUUGGAUCCAACGUUGCGAUGACAACCUGGCCCAUUUUCGCGCCAGUGUAUAUGACUGCCUUACAUAUGUCGAAGAGUUACAUGAAUUCGUCCAUGGACCCCUGGGGUGCAGUGAGGGUUCCUCUGAUAUCAUCGACUUCCGGUACGACAGACGGAGAGUGGCAGCAUUUCGAUCCUACCUCGCCCAUUGAGUAUACUUCUCUCUUUGGUAUACCCAUCGUCGGAGUUCCCACGGCAGGCAAUGUGACCUUCAACAUGACAUCCCACUAUUGGGGCGUCGAGUGUGACCAAGCAGUGCAUGAAUUCGCCGACUGGAACUCCACCGAGGCAUUUCAGAGUUACGGCAAGUAUACGUCAAUCCUGUCGUUCAUGCUGGACAUGCCCGACGGCGAAUUCGCGCAUCCCAUGGAAGGGAUGAGAUUUACCUACAGAUCAGUAAGAGACCACAUCCUCGAACAGAAUCAUGGAGGAAAGGCCAAUAUCUCUCGAAUCGAGUGUUCCAUGCGAUCCAACUUCGCGGAAUCACGGAUCGGUUGCAGGGACCGGAGCUGCCGCGUUGAAGCCCUGCGGAAAUUCGAAAGGAAGAAGAAGCCAUUUCCUCUGCACAUGAUCGCUCAAAUGAUGAAGCUGCUACCGGGUACCGAUGUUGGGAUGCCACAGCUUCGCACGGGGGAUCUCAGAACGAGUACUAUGACAGAGAUGUGGAUAGCGGAUCCCUUCAAGGCUUUGGACCACGGAGUGUAUUCCGGGACCUUCGUCGAUGUCGGUAAUCUGCCUGCUCCUGUUUUCAGCAAACGUCUUCAAUUGGUCAUCAACUCCUUUUGGGAUGCAACCCUGGGGGCCAAAUACCGAAUUCCCAAUUUUACCUUGGAUGACGACUUCUCUAUGUGUACCACGAAUUGCAUCAGCGACCCUUUGUAUUUCAACUCGACGAAACUCUCCGGAGCCCGAUUCGACGGCGAGCAUUACGUCUGCAGCAAACCGUUCGCUGCAAUCACUAUAGUCACGUCAUCCAUCAUUCUGCUCGCAGCAAUUGGCUCACUUGUGCUAGCAGCUGGUCUGACCACGGCCCCGGAUAUCCUUGGAUACACAUCGACCUACCUUCGCGACAAUCCUUACUCAGAGGUGAGAACGGCCUCCAAUCUGGAUGGUCUGGAUGCAGCAAGAGUCUACGGGAACGUCCGUGUCAUGAUAGGAGAUGUGAAGAGUGAGCUCGACGUUGGGCAUGUGGCAUUUGCAACGGCCGGAGCGGGAGUCGAACGAUUGGUCAAGAAGAGGCUAUAUGACUGAGAAGCCGUUCGCUGCAGGGAACGCUGGCAUCUAGCUCCGACAAUACGGGGAGAAAUGAGAGCACCGUUGUUGAGAAGAGGGU